AUGCCCCCGUUAUUCAUGGAGUCCGGGUUGGACCUAAACAGGGUUGGACCUAAACAGCCGUCAGGUGCCAGCAACACCGCUGGAUCGGAGAGAGAAAAGGGGGGACGACGGGCGGGUGGCAGAGGGAGAAUAAGACAAGAGAACAACAAGACCGCUGCGAGGAAGAGCCGCAGGAAGCAAACGGAGAGAGCCGACGAACUUCACGAGGAGCUCCAGUGCAUGGAGCGAGCCAAUUCGGCCAUCAAAAAGGAGAUAGCGGCCUUGAAGAAAGACCUCCACCUCUACACCACAGCUCUGGAGCGCCACAAGCCUUUCUGCUGCCUCAGAGACUCGGCGUCAAACCCGACAGGCCGCCCCGCGGUCUCCCCCUCCAGCCCCCCCGGGGGCCCUUCCGGGGCCCCGCGCUCUGCGGUCACCCCUGCCCCCUCACUCUCUCACUCCUUGACCUCCCGCCUGGGUGUCCAAACCCGUGACUGCGUUGAAAGCACACAGCUCCCCUUUGUAAAUCCCCCUCCGCCAACCAGCGCAGCUCUGGACUUGCGUCACGGCGCGUCCGCCGAACCCUUCACCUCCGCCGAACCCUUCACCUCCUCCGAACCCUUCACCUCCUCCGAACCCUUCACCUCCUCCGGCUCUGUGACGGCUUCCAGCUCCGCCCCUUUCUCUGAAGGUUCUCUGUUUAGCAGCGAUCCCCCUCCCAUCGUCUCAUCCAGGCCGACGAACGGUUCGCCCUCGAGGUCCGGCGGCGUCCACGCGAGCUCUUUCACGCCGGCGAAUGCUCACUUCAGCCCCCUUCACCCCGGGGCGCUGGACGAAUUUCUAUCGACUCAAGCAUCUUUCCUUUAUGCUCCCUCUCCUGGAGGUCCCCUCGACCCGCGCUAUCCGCCGGUUGCGUCCCAGCUUUGUCCCGGUCCGUUCAGCAAAGUCUCACGGACUUCCGGCGUGUCGUGUUCUCUUUUACCGCCAACUCUUCAAGAUCCUUCUCCUCAGUCUCGCUCAGGGACGCCCCCCCUCUCUUUUUUGGCCUCGGAGCCAAGUUAUGGACAACAAGCCACGCUGAGUUGUGGCCCUCUGCUUUCCAUGCUCACUGUUCCGAGCGCCCUUUACAUGUCUCAGACUACCUCCAGCAGCUUCGAUGAACCAGUCCUGCAGAACCCCCCCUCACUGCCACCGUUGGGGGACACCUCGAGAGAUCUCUCCCUUUCUGAGCUCCUGGAGGUCAAUGAUUGGAUACUGAGUGGGUCCAUUCACCAGUAGCACUACAUGUCGAUGAGACAAAGGAAGACCAGUUUCCUUGAGCCCAAAUAGUUUUUAAUUUGUAUAUUUCUACAUCUAAUUAAUCAAACUUAAAGAACAAAAAAAGCCACUGAAAGAUUCAACCUGAUGGAUUCAUGCCUCUGUUGGGAUGUAUGUGAGCCGUGGGUGGGCUUUAACCAAGUUAAGGAGCAAAUGGUCACAGCUCAGGCAGAAAUAUCUCAACGUUUAGGGGUCAGGUUCCAAUAACCCUGCAUUCCCACAAUGCAACAUAUGACCUCUUUAAGUCAAAUGCUUGUAAGAGGCCGUGGCCUUCAAGCUCCUCCAAGUCUGUAACGUAGGUUUCCUCUUCUAAAUUUGACGCCUCGCGUUUCCCUUUAGACAGGGAGGCUCCAACACAUUCUGUACAGUGAGCAUUUAAUGAAUCCCUUGAACUAUACUAUAAAAUCCAUCGUCAUGCAAUCUUUCAGUUUGAGAUCACUCAGCACUAUUCGUUCCUUAAUCUGUAAACCAAACACAAUUUCAAGUUAUGCGUACGUUUUUAGAGCGGAUGGAGUGCUCACUUCCUUGCAACUUCAAGGAAAUGCCAUAAGGCGAAAUUUGCCAAAUGUG